UACACGAAUUUUUACGCAAUAAAAAAGACGAAACAGCAGGGAGGCAAAAAAAGCGUACCAAAAUCAGAACCAAAGGCCUUUAAAAAGGAGAAGAAAACCCAACUCGUGAUAUGAGCCAUCCAUUCGAAGAAAAUCACGAUUAUCAAAAUCGCUCUGAGAGUCGCAGCCGCGUCUCUAUCUUCAUCCCAGCCACGACUAUUUUCUGCCAAAAAUAUUGAAAAAAAGGAAACAAACGCGAAGCGAAACGCAGCAGUUUCGUCACCUCCACCACACCAAAGCCACACUCUGCGACACACAGGAACCCAUACCACCACCACCGCCUUCUCUCUCUCUCUCUCUCCUAUGCUUCUCGUUAUUUAUGAGGCUCUCUUUCCCAAUCGACUGAUUGUGAUUCAGUAAAUCCCUAGCUAGCGAAGCUUCAUUGUCAACCUCUCAUGGCCUGCGUCAGUGACGAGAGCUGGGUCGCGCUCCCCAAAAUGCUCUCGGAACGCUUGGCUCUGAGAGAAGAAGACCGCCACGACGACGAGCAGCCCAGCUUUUUCGUGUCCGAGUCCACCGCGUACCGGUUAGAGAAGGUUUUUCCUGUGUACGCAUUGGGGAUUCCGAAACCCGACUCCGACCCGGUUAACCGGGCUUCGGUUUCGGGCGACCCGAUAUGGGAUGCCGUCAGGGAAGAGGCCAAGUUGGAGGCAGAAAAGGAGCCAAUUUUGAGUAGCUUCUUGUAUGCGAGCAUCUUGGCGCAUGAUUGUUUAGAGCAGGCGUUGGGCUUUGUUCUUGCCAAUAGACUGCAAAACCCGACUCUUUUGGCAACCCAGCUGAUGGAUAUAUUUAAUGAUGUGAUAAUGCAUGAUAGAGAUAUUCAACGUUCUGUUCGCUUAGACGUGCAGGCAUUUAAAGACCGUGAUCCAGCUUGCUUGUCUUAUUGUUCUGCCCUGUUGUAUCUUAAGGGUUACCAUUCUUUGCAAGUGCAUCGAGUAGCUCAUUCAUUGUGGAGUCAAGGACGCAAGGUUUUGGCCUUGGCAUUACAAAGCCGAAUUAGUGAGGUCUUUGGAGUGGACAUUCACCCAGCUGCAAAAAUUGGAGAGGGAAUACUGCUGGAUCAUGGUACAGGUGUGGUUAUUGGUGAAACUGCUGUUGUAGGAAACAGAGUUUCAUUGAUGCAUGGUGUAACUUUGGGGGGAACUGGGAAGGAAAUUGGUGAUCGUCACCCAAAAGUAGGUGAUGGUGCACUAAUUGGAGCCAGUGCAACAAUACUCGGGAAUAUAAAAAUAGGUCAAGGAGCAAUGAUAGCUGCUGGUUCCCUUGUGUUGAAAGAUGUCCCUCCACGCAGCAUGGUGGCAGGAAUACCAGCAAAGGUGAUUGGAUAUGUAGAUGAAAAAGAUCCUUCGUUAACAAUGAAGCAUGAUGCCUCCAAAGAGUUUUUCGAACAUGUAGCUGUUCAAUGUAGAGAUACAAGAUCUGCUGGAGGUCACAGUUCAGAAAGAACUCAUAGGAGCACUUAAGAGAUGUAGCUAGGCAUAGAUCUCAGCCACUACUAAAUUGCCAAUGUGAAGGCAGUUUGUGGUGUUUGGAGACGAAAGUGACUUAUUGUAUCAGCCUGUCUUAUACAAUUUCAUUAACCAUGUCCACUCUCUGCUAUCCAUGCUGAUGUUGAGGUUCUCAUACCAGUUGUUUAAAGAACAGGAGAUGUUAAGCUUAGUACCUGAUUUCUUCUCUUUGUACCCCCCAUAACAAAUUGGGGAGAAGAACCAGCAGCAAAUUUCUUUAGAAGUAGCCAUGACCCAGAAAGAAUGAACCCAUGAAUCAGAUGGGGGAGAAGUUAAAGCUGGUUGGGGAUCCACCUUAGUUUUUCAUUUUAUGCUCUUGUAAGUUAUAAUCAAACUGAACUGCAUUGAAAUAUUGAAUGCAUCAGAUUUAAAAAAAAAAGUUGAUAGGAGUUUUGGGUCAUUUUAUUUGAGCCUGUUGGUGGGUGACCAUUGUACUCCUUUUCAUAUUUAAUGCACACUUUUUGCUAGAAGCA